AUGCAAUCUGGACUCUGGGGAUUCAAUGGUGAGGAGCGCAUUGAGCAGUACGCACUUUUCAACAACAUCUUUGGCUUCAAGCAAGAUGCUGCAACCAAAGACUUCUUCCAGAGGUUUGAUGGGGACUCAACGCAGUGGUCAGUGCAGCAAGACCUACUCACUACCUGGAAAGCGAGGUUCCUGCUGGGACGCUGGCAUGAUCAACAGGCUGAAUUCGGCUUGCAAAAGGCAGAAGACUGGGACGUGACGCCAGUCCCUGGGCUAUUCGGAGUUGUUGAUAGCGGAUUGGAGAACUGGAAGCUAAAGGAACAAAGCCAGUGGGCAAAGAUGACGCUUCCGUCAGUACCAAGAGUCCAAUGGGUGUACAUGUUCCGCUUAUGUGUGGACAAUUGCCACGUCAAGACACAGUAG